AUGCCGGUGAGGCAGAAGGUGAAUGUCCAUGAGCAGACCCCCGCGGACCGCAUUAAUGAUAUCGGCAUGCGUGGCACCGUUCGGGAUGCGGAGCGCGAUCGUGCAUGGCUCACUGUCGUCAUUGCGUCUGUGGUCACCCACAAGUUCAUGUCCUCGAUGUUCAGCGCCGGAGUCAGCGCCAACAGUAGAAUAAUGGGUGUCUGGCUUGUUGUCGCUGUCAUUCUGAGGGCUUUGCUCCUCAUCCUUGGAGUAGUCCUGCUUGCGGCGGGGAGCUGGAAUCGACAGGGAGUUGCUGCUGUCGCUGCCCUUGUUGUUCUGGGAAGAGCUAGAGUAAACCCCAGCGGUUUGGACCACGCCCUACCGUUUGCUGGGUUAAUGUGGGGUAUAUUAUUGAAGAGGAAAGACGAUGCUCACUUUGACCCGUUUCUCAGCAAGGAGCAUUUUCAGGUGGUCUAG